CCCUUCUUCUCGUCUCCCCUCCGCCGCUUCCGUUGUUCGCAGUGCCUCCCCCUUCUCUUGGCCUGCCUCACUGUUCCGCGUCCGCCGCCCCGGAGGCCUGAGCCGCACGGCGGCACACGGAACCCUAAACCCGCCCCACUCGCGCGGGGGUUGCCCCCGGCGUAUGCGCGGCGGCGGCUCAUAGGCCUCGGCCGCCGGCGAUCGCCGGGAUUUGUGGGGCCAGCGCGGCGGCUGCUACGAGCGGCGGAGACGGCGCCGUUGGGGAACGGUGGGAGAUGGCGGCGGCGGGGAAGGGGUGGGCGGAGCGGGUGCGGCGCGGGGUGAGGACUGUAUGGUUCAUGGUGGUCAUGGUGGCGUCGCUGCUCGUGGCGUCGGCGCCGGCGCUCGUGGCCGCGGGCGACGUCGCCGUGGCGCUGUGGCUCGAGGUGCGCCUCGGAUGCCUCCGCGGCCACGGCCUGCGGGACCAACUGCAGCGGUACCGCUUCCGGAGCUCGCUCGCCGACAUACCGCUCGUCUCCAUCCUUCGAUCUCUCAUCAUCACUUGUGUAUACCUCAUGUCUGAUACUUCUGGUCUCUCUCAUGGUCCUUACCUUGGAACAGCAACUUUCUGUUCCUUGGCAUCUCUGCUCAUUUUGUUAAUUAAGGCCUCCGUUUAUAGUCCGGGGCAGGACAUUGGGCCUGAGCUCUCGCCGUCAUUGCCGGAUCACAAGCUCAAUCUCAAGAAGCUAUGGGGAAUGCCAGUGCUUUUUCUGUCUUCCUUGGUGUUUGCUCUUGGCCAUGUUAUUGUUGCUUACAGAACAAGCUGCAGGGCUCGACGGAAGCUUCUCAUUCACCGCAUUGACCCUGAAUCGAUUUUAGCGUACAAGAAUGCCUUUUCUGGAUGCUACAAGGUUCCGCGGUCUCCUACACCAUAUGGUGCAAAGCUUUUCUCAAGGAGUGAAAGCGAGACAAAGAGGAAAACAAUUGUACAUGAUGACCGCGAUUUGCCAAUCAGUUUUCUUGCAGACAGUGAUAGCAUGUUCAUUGCUUGCCAGGGGAUCACUGUACACUACAAAAUUUCCGAUCCAUCAACCUGCUUAUCGUCGCCCCCUGACUCCUUUUCAGAAAGGGAUACUCAUCAUGAUGUAAUUUCAUCGAGCAUUUCUCCUAGAAGACAGAGACAUGAGAGCCCACCGUCCGCUUCCUCCAAUACCCGCCGCCUUCUGAAUAGGAGCUUUAGCCAUCAAUAUCAUCAAACUUCUCUAUAUGCGCCACUAUUGGUAGAACCAGUGACAUCUCCAACUUUGUCAGAUGAGAUCCCUCUUAUGAGUCUUGAUGAUGGCAGUGCUGACGUAUAUUUGAAUCCUGUGGGCUUUGACCUUGAGGCUGGAGAGCAUGGUAAAUUUGCUGUAGUUUUAGUGCAUGGGUUUGGAGGGGGAGUAUUCUCGUGGAGACAUGUCUCUAAUUUGCUAGCUCGACAAGUGGGCUGCAAUGUUUUGGCCUUUGAUCGCCCAGGAUGGGGAUUGACAUCUCGACCUCGCAGAAAGGACUGGGAAGACAAGAAAUUACCAAAUCCAUAUGAGUUAGAGUCUCAGGUUGAUCUUCUUAUUUCAUUUUGCUCGGAGAUGGGUUUGCGCUCUGUGGUUUUAGUUGGUCAUGAUGAUGGGGGCUUGCUUGCCUUGAAAGCUGCAGAAAAGCUGCGCACUUAUGGAGAUCAUAUAAAGGUUGAGGUGAAGGGAGUUGUUCUUGUAGGUGUAAGCUUAUCAAGAGAAGUGAUUCCUGCAUUUGCUCGUAUACUACUGCAUACACCUCUGAGGAAAAAGCACAUGGUCCGUCCACUUCUUCGUACUGAAAUAACUCAGGUUAUCAAUCGACGAGCAUGGUAUGAUGCCACAAAGCUAACAACGGAAGUUCUUAACCUGUACAAGGCUCCGCUAUUUGUUGAGGGCUGGGAUGAAGCACUACAUGAAGUGGGCCGGCUUUCGUUUUCUACUGUCCUAUCAUCAAAAAGAGCGGCAGAUUUAUUAAGAUCAGUGGAAGACCUUCCUGUUCUGGUGGUAGCAGGCUCUGAGGAUGCUCUUGUUUCUGUGAAGUCGGCACAAGCUAUGGCUUCAAAACUUGUAAAUUCUAGGAUAGUAACUGUAUCGGGAUGUGGGACAUUUGCCACAUGAGGAGUGCCCCAAGGCAUUACUCUCGGCGCUUUCUCCUUUUAUCUCUAGAUUGGUACCAUCAGAAGAUUCGUUGCAACAAAGACUCUAGUGUAUACUUGUCCUCC